AUUUUGCAUCCAUCGAAACGUUACGUGAGACGAGGGCAAAAAGAAGACGAGGUUGGAGCGAGAGUUUGACCACUUCGUACGGUUCCGGAGCGCACCGGCCACAGCCUGCCUGCGAUGUCGUCGUUCGACCUGAAGAAUGAAAGCGACGUGAAGGAGUACCUGGAGAACCUUGGCGUAGAGUAUCGGUUCGGAUGUUACUCGGAGAAAAAACCGGAAGUCUGCCACCUGCUCGGUGAUUAUCUCGAGGGCAUUCGGAAAGACUUCGAAAAGGCCGCCAAAGUGUACCGAUCGAACUGUGACGACUACAACUACGGCAAGAGCUGCCUCAAGUACGGCAACUACAGCUUUCUGGGCAAGGGGCGCGCCUCGGAGAAGGGUGAUCCGGCGAAGGCGUACAGUUACUACGAGAAGGGCUGCACACUGAACGAUCCGGACGCCUGCUUGCACAGUGGGCUGCUGCUGGUGUCAAAGCUGAUGCCGAAGGAGAUCCCGCGGGACGUGUCGAAGGGAUUCGAGCUGCUAAAGAAGAGCUGCCAGAUGAACAAUGCCGGCGCAUGCUUCUACCUGUCCGGGAUGUACAUCUCUGGCGUGCUGAAGGACGAAACGAAACGAGAACCGACCGCCGCGGCGUCACACGCCGACGAGACGGCGGCGACGGCGACGGCGAAAGCCAAUGAGAGUCAGCCUCCUGCCACGAACCGGCUUCCGGCCAGCGCGUACGUCGUCGAGCGGGACAUGGAGAAAGCGUUCGAGUUCGCGUACAAGGCGUGCGAGCUGCGCAAUAUGUACGCCUGUGCCAACCUCAGCCAGAUGUACGCCAAGGGCGACGGGACGGCUCGGGACGAGAAGAAGGCGGAAAAGUUCAAACAAUUGGCCCUCGAGAUGCAGGACGAGGUGAAGAAGCAACAGCAGCUCACAUUCCAACAGGGUCUCAACCCGACGUAAAGUGACUGACGCAUCCGUGCGCCUCGGCAAGAGCCAUUUAGAGUUUGUUACUGUUUGCCCACGCCCGUCGUCCCCGGUGGCCGUAGCAAAAGCUUUUCGUUGCCCUUUAGAGUGAGUUAGUGUUUUAGUUUUCGCGUGAAAGUUUGUACAGAGACAGAGAGAGCGAGAGAAAGACCACAGAACCAGCUGGAAGAGCGGAAUAAAUGUUGUUUCGUUGUGACAAAGCA